CUGUCUGUCGGUGCCAUGUCCGAGACCGCCCCCGCCUCCGCCGCCCCGGGCCCCGCCGCCAAGAAGCCGAAAAAAGCGGCGGCCGGCUCCAAAGCCCGCAAGCCCGCGGGGCCCAGCGUCACCGAGCUCAUCACCAAGGCCGUGUCCGCCUCCAAGGAGCGCAAGGGGCUCUCCCUCGCCGCGCUCAAGAAGGCGCUGGCUGCCGGCGGCUACGAUGUGGAGAAGAACAACAGCCGCAUCAAGCUGGGGCUCAAGAGCCUCGUCAGCAAAGGCACCCUGGUGCAGACCAAGGGCACCGGCGCCUCCGGCUCUUUCCGCCUCAGCGAAAAGCCUGGAGAAGUGAAGGAAAAGGCUCCCAAGAAGAAAACAACCGCAGCCAAGCCCAAGAAGCCGGCGGCUAAGAAGCCCGUCGGCGCCGCCAAGAAGCCCAAGAAGGUGAUGACAGUGAAAAAGAGCCCCAAGAAAGCCAAGAAGCCGGCGGCCAGCGCGGCCAAGAAAGCAGCCAAGAGCCCCAAAAAGGCGACGAAGGCUGCCAAGCCCAAAAACGUGGCGGCAGCAGUGAAGAGCCCUGCCAAAGCAAAGGCGGUGAAGGCAAAGGCAGCAAAGCCGGAGGCGGCGAAACCGAAAGCAGCGAAGAAAGCAGCCCCCAAGAAGUAAGUCCCCUGUGGAAGAAAAGUUCUUUCUCCACACUUUAACCCAACGGCUCUUUUCAGAGCCACCCACGCUUUCUUAGAAGGGCUGAAAUGCUCUUUUGUGGAAGGGGCAGCAGGGAGAUGUUUCGGGGAAUGGUGCUGUGCUGGCGCAAGUGCCAUUUAAUUUCGGUAACGGCCAGACGGAGCAGCAAGAUUCAGAGUCGCUCAAAUUUCCCCUGCAUAGAAGGGGGAGGGAAGCACCGCGCUGGUGGCUUUAUACCGAUACGGCAUACGGAUUGGGUACGGCCUCGGGAAGGGUGAUCUGCUUCCUAAGAGCGCUAACAGCCCCGCCCCGGAGCCGGAAUGGUUUGAGCACGGGGCUGCGGCUCGUACUAACUGGAGGUGUGUGAUUAUAUCAGACAAUUUUAAAAUGCACCGCGGGCUUUUGAGACUUCAGUGAAAUUCAGGCUCUUUUUUUGACUUUGUAGGUGGCUCUGAAAAGAGCCUUUGGGUUUCUG